AUUAUCAUUUUCUUCGUUGAUAUUUAGAGGCAGCACAUAUCGAUGAAAGACUCGGUCGCUAUAUAUUUAGCACGUGUUCAUUUUAUACGGUGGCAUGUAACGGAACGGGUGUUGAGUUACGAGCCGGUUCACAAAUCAGACAUUUAUUUAAUAAAACAUAAUUGAAAAAAAAAAAAAAUAUUCGCGGUUGUAUUAUAUUAGUGACUACAAAAAGUGUAAUUAGCAAUUGACAACCGUUGUGGUUAAAUACAUUUCGUACUUUCUUCAGAUAAAAAGAAAGUAAAAUAAAAUUAAUCAUUCAAUAGAAUUUUUUGACGGUGUGAAGUUGCAGUAAUGGCAGAGGAACCAUCACCAUAUUUGAGUGCGAUUCAGAAAGUUGCAGGAAGUACACCGGGUGAUAAGUUUGAGACAUUAUACAGCAUCACGAAAAAAAUAAUUGAAUCAGAAAACCAAAAUGCUUCGAUGCCAUUGACUGUCGAUUCGUCGGAAUUACCGGAGGCUUUAAAACCACUGGUGCAAGUGGAGGUCGCGCGAUUAUCAGAACAAUUUGAGGGAAUUUGCAAAGCUUUGAAAUCCGAUGACUCUGCUGUGUUUGUUCGAGCUUUCAGGGCCAAGUGGUUUUUUAAUGGCAGCCAUGAAAAUUGUAGGGUUCAGUACUACAAGGAACGAAUUUUUCCGUACGUAUCUUUGCAGAGUCGACAUAAAAUUAUCAAAACAUUGGCUAAAAAUUUGACCGCGAAACCUGCUAUCGCCGAAGAGUUUUAUACUGCGCUGACUCUGAUGUACGGAGAAAAACAAGCUCACCCACUACUGAAAGCUUGCAGUGAAUCAUUUAUCUGGAGACACAUCACAAAACAUAAACUACGGCUUAAUAAUGGAAUGGUACGAAUUUUAUUCGACAAGUAUCCAGGAAUUGUAGUUAAAUACCUGAACCUAAGCAAAAAAAGUGAUGACGAAUUUGAACGAAAUUUACGACCCGUUAAUUUACAGUCUCAUGCGUCUUUUCUUCCCAGAUUAUUAAAGGAAUAUCCAGACACUUUCAUGGAACUCAUCGAAAUGCAUAACAACAACUUCAAUAUAAAGUUAAGCCGCCGGAGUACUAAUUUAUUUUUUAAAAAAUUCCCCGACGCUUUAAUGAGAAAUCCACAAUUAUUCCAACCAAUGUUAGAUCUUAAAGUCGUACAUAAAAAUCUCACUGACCUUCAGUUCAAGGCCAUUUUUAAGCAGCAAUUUCCACCCGACAUAGAUUCAUUUGAAUUCGAUAAAUUACUUCAGUUCCUAGAAUUCCUUCCAAAAGAUGAUAAAUUGCAUCUAAUGACUUCUACAUUCGAAGAAGUUUACGGAGUUAAAUUGCUAGAUUGUACCGAAAAAAUUACACCAUCAGCUCUUUCAACACUUCCACGCGUUGAUCAGAUGAAGUUAGCAAAAGUAAUCCUUCAAAAAAUGAAGAAAAGUACUCCAAAAAGUUCCAUUACGCCUUGGAUAGUCUACUUGCCCUGUCAUGGGUUACUAAGGCACUGGAUGCUAAUUAUUAAAGGCACAUUGAAGGUAGCCGAUCGAGAGGAGUUAAUGAAGCAAUUAAUCUCCACGUGCCAAGUCAAUGCCGACAAUGAUUCGUUUCUUAAAGUUAUCGACUUCAUCGCAGCAAAGCACAUGAUUGAACCUGCAUCGUUCUUGUGGAGUAUUAUCGACUACAUAUCAAGAACAUACCCCAUAAAUACUUUGACAGACCAGCAAUGGAAAGCGGUGACUAAAUCAAUCGUUGCAACCUACAAUAGGCACAAAUGUUUGCACGAGCAGAUACCAUUGGAUUUGAUCAUCGCUGCAGUUCGUGGCGAUUUGGAUAGAAGUAUUACUAAAAACACCGGGACUAUGACAAUACUUACAAGAUUGUAUCGGACACGUGGGCUAACCGAUUGGCGAGUUUUCAAAGACAAUCUUCGAUACGAUAGAAUCUGCCUUGAACACUUUAUCACUAAUGUAUUGAAAGCCAUUCGCAGCAGCAUGAGUGCACCCGAAAAUCUACUAAUACAUUUAUUAUUAUCCAUUAAAGACUUUAAUGACGAGGUCACUGCAGCGGAAUCUGAUGUUGAAGUCAUUCGUAUUGAAGAAUAUCCGGAAUUGGUGGAUAGAGUGUGGCCAGUUAUUGAUGGUCACGUUGGGAAUUGUUCGUUCAUAAGAAACCUCAAAGUCGUUGUAAGAAACUUGGAUCAGGAUCUCUAUGACUAUUUGGUCAGUAAAAGUGUAAGGAAAUGCGAAAAAUUGCCUCAAGUUAUAAUCAGUGAUUUGAAAUCAAAGCAUACUUGGAGAAUGCUUAAGACCGAUCCGCAAUGUUUUGAUUAUUAUUGGAGAAUUAUUUUAAAGGAAUGUGUUCAAAAAAUUCAUAAAAUUUGUGGUAAGUGCAAAUCUUGUUCGGAGACGGAUCCCUUAGCUCGAAGAUUUGUUAGAAUGAGCCGGUGGUGUCAGGAUUUGCCGAUAAACUUUGUUGAACAGCUACUCAAAAACGUUAAACGGCAUGAAAAAGGUCGGGAUCUGAUUACUUUGGCACUACUGCUUGAAGGACCGGAAUUGGAGCGCAUCAUAACUACUUCUAUCACGGCCGCUAUUAGGAGAAUUCCUGAUGGAAACUACGCCCAGAUUGGCUUGGAAUUGACUUGUUCUGUUCCGAGAGCCCUAAGUGUCGCUAAUCCCCCGGUAUCUUUGGAUUUUAUGGUUAACUACUGCGUCGGUAAUUGUAAACACGCGUCGAUUGAAUAUAUUGUUCCUGUAAGCCGACGAACGGCCUGUUCUAAAGUUACUUCGUUUGCAAUGGAUCUGUUGAGAUCAAGGCCGAUUGCUAAACCGGUGUCUAUACGAAAACUCGGAAUUCGGUUAUUGUGUAUGGUCGAGAAUGCCGAACAUUUACACAUUACCCUGGCGAACUUGUGGACCCACGAAACGGAUCAGAAGAUUCGUAAGCUAUUGUUUAGAAAUGUGCUUAAACUUUUUGAAGCAUUUCCCAAUGAUAAGAACUGGGAAUUGAUUAAAAAAUGUAUCGACGGAUUAAGACCAGAUGAUAAAUAUACUUUUGGAUCUCUUAUGAAAUUUGAUUACAUCCCUAAUGAGUUCAUUGCGGAAUAUGUCCGCAAAUUAUUUAGCCUCUUUCGUAGACUCGGCGAUGAGAGAAACGAUUCGCAGCGAGAUGUCGUUUGGUUCUAUAUUACAAAGCUACUUAAUAUUGAUAAGAACAUAUUAGUUCUGUUUUCCGACGAAUUGCACAAUGAAAUAAUUGACAAGUAUGUUCUUGAUUUGUCACUACCAAAAAAAGUACAGUCUGCAGGCCAUAGUUAUCUAAUUAAUUACAUUGUAACAGCGCGAGAUAAGUUAGAAGACAGAAUGAACCGAUUCAGAAAUAUAUUUGUCAAAAUUGUUAAAGGAAAUUUGGAUGUUCCUCAUCCUACUGAACCGUCAUUCUAUCCAGCAAAUUAUUUCGUACAUGAACUGAUCAAUAAUAUCAUAUAUUAUUUGCCCAACAAUCGUCUAAAACGUGAGUUAGCUAAUACUGCAACAAGAGCGGCAGUCGAUUCGGGCUUGAAAACUCAUCAAGAUCCCACAUUCUUCUUAUUGUACACAUUCACUAGUAUUGUUUACAAAGCCUCUCCCGAGGAAUUAGCAACGGCUAUCAACGGACUUUUGCCUAAAUAUGCCAAAGCAUUUGGCAAAAACUACAUUGAAAUUAUUGCUAAUUAUCUUCGUGAAUUCAUCGAUUUUUGCAUCGGCGAUCGGCAAUAUCAAACAGAAGUCGUCGAUAGUCUCCAAGAUUUAGGAAAUGAUGAUGCUAGAAGUCUUGCAGAUCGUCUUAUGGUCGUAAUAUAAAUACCUACAAGUAGGCGAGUGCCUUUUACACUAUUUUUUAAAAUUUGUAAUUAAUACGUAGGAGUUAUCGUUGGAUUGUUAAUAGAUUUUUAAACACGUGUAGCAUGAAAAACAAAAAUGAUAACUAAUGAUUUUUAUUAUUAUUAUUGAUGUAAUUUUUUGUAUGGUUUUUUUUUACGCUAAAUUAUUGUCAGACUAAAGAACAAAUGUGCGCCAUUGAUGUAAAAUUUUUUUUAAGUUCUAGUAUUCAAUAAAUAAUCGACUUUUACGAAUAGUGACUUUGUAAUAUAAUAAAAUAAAAUUGUGAAUUAUGCAUAAUAUAGAUAUGACCAA